CUUCGGCCCUCGAAUCAGCUAUGUGCCAAACAAAAUGCUCAUAUAUACCCAUAUAUAUGCACACAUCUUUCAUUGCAUUUGGCCUCCAUCUGCCAACAAACUCGCUAGCUACCAGGAGAGGACCAUUAACGAUUUAAUACACUGACACACACACACAUAUGUGCAAGUUCGAUCGAUACAAGACAGGAAGAGAUCACCAUGUCUAGCUAGCUAAAUUAAUAAGCUAGCUAGAGCUGGUUGCAUGGUUGAUUAGCUACGACGUGCAGUUGAUUAGAGAUGGAAGAGAUCGCCGGUGGUGGCUCGCCGCCGGCGAUGGAGGAGGAGGAGAGGUAUGUGGAGGUGGCGUCGAGGUUCUACCGCGUGAAGCCCGGUGCCGGCGGCGGCGGCGGCGGCCGCCGUCUCCACUUCCUCGAGUCGUGCUUCCUCUGCAAGAGCAGCAUCGCCGGCGACCGCGACAUCUUCAUGUACAGAGGGGAUGCAGCGUUCUGCAGCGACGACUGCAGGCAGGAGCAGAUGGACAUGGACGAGGCGCUGCAGGCGGUGGCGCGCCGCCAUCGCCUCCGUUCGUCGGCGGCGCCGGCUUCCGCCGAGGCAGCAGCGGCGGCGCCGGCGAGGUCUCCGAUGAUGCACCGCCGGCCGACCAUCGCCAACUUCGCGGCACGCACUCCAGUGGCCGCCACCAGCUAGUGUUGUGUACUCCUAUACUAACAUGGUCGAGAGAUGAAUCUGCCGCUGCGUUCAUGAUCAACUGCAUGCAUGCACGCAUCGCUCAUCAUCAUCAAACGCCAAAGUUAAAUUAAACAGUGUGGAUUGGCAUAUAUAUAUGUAUGUAGCCUAGGUAGUUGUAGAUCCAUGGAAUAUUACAUAGAUCCGUGUUUUUUUGCCAUCUUCAUUUUGUUUGUUUUGUGGUUUUCACACGGUUCCAUGUGUGAUCAGUUGAGGCUAGCUACGGCCAUGGAUUGGUAAAUUGUUAAUUAGAUUUUGGGAUCAGAUCUUGCAUAGUUGCAUAUACAUAUGCAGGGUUUGUUAAUUUCUCUUCUACACAAGAGAUAUUCAGAUAGAUGGAAGAGAGAUCUGCAGGGAUAUGAAAUUACCACUUAAUUGCAGCAACAGCUACGGUGAGAGAUUAUCAGAUGAAUAACUGGACAUGUUGUAUGAACAACUUGUAAUCUUGGACGUGGUCUGAUCGAUAUGUGUGCAGAUCAUAGAGACUGUUUCAUCCAUGCAUGUUACCAGGAGCAACUCCUAACUUGCAUGUACUAUUCGUUUUGUACAUACUACUACAAAUCAUCAACUUAAAUUUUGUAUGCUACGAGAGAUUAUGAGAUCAA